GUAAGAUUGAUUAUUUUGUUUAAUGAAGAAGAGGCUAUCUAGGCUGAGCUGAGAAUCAAAACAACCAUCCAAACAUGAAGGAAUUGAAGCAUCUUUUCCAACGUUGUAUAUUACUUGCCUGCAUUCUUCUGCUUGUAUCUCACUGUGACGGUGACCCUACAUCUGUACUGAUUUGUGAAAACAACAGUACAAGCCCUGCCUUUUAUAUCCCAAACUUCGUUGCUGUGUUUGAAAACAUUUCUUAUCAAAUAACAUCUCGGGGAUGGGGAAUUUAUACAAACGAUUUUACAUAUGCGCUCGCGCAAUGCUAUGGGGAUAUUUCUGGGCAGGAUUGUUUAUUCUGCUACGCUGAGGCUCGUACUAGAUUGCCUCGGUGCCUUCCUCGUGUUGGGGGACGGAUAUUUCUUGACAGUUGCUUUGUUCGAUAUGAAAAUUAUAGCUUCUUUCAAGAGGCAUUAGGAGCAGAUGACAGACAUGUUUGUGGAAACACUAACAGCACCAGAAAGGACGACUCUGUGUUCCAAGAGACAGCUAGGAGGGCUGUGAUGCAAGCAGUUUCAAAUGCUUCUAGCAAUAAUGACUUUGCAAAGGUUGAGUUGCCUGUUUCUGGGAGAAACAAUGAAUCUGUUUAUGUUGUUGCUAAUUGUUGGAAGACUGUGGCCAAUUGUGGGGCAUGUUUAAGGAAUGCAUCUUGGUCCUUGCUGCAAUGUUUGCCUUGGUCUGAGGGUCGUGCGUUAUACACUGGAUGCUUCAUCAGGUACUCGGACACCAACUUUCUUGAUUCCACUCAUGGAGGCUUAAAUACGACUAAUGGAGGCUUAUCAAGAGGGAAAGUAAUAAUCAUUGUAGUUGCAGUUGUAUGUUCUGUCAUACUUUCGACUGUAAUUGGUCUUUAUAUCAAGCGCAAAAGAAUAGACAAUAGAAAAGCUCCAAAUGAUGCCCAAAAAUUAGCAAAGAUCCUUUGGGAUAGCAGCUUAAACUUCAAGUACUCCAUACUUGAGAAAGCCACUGGGUCUUUCGAUGAAGCCAACAAGCUAGGACAAGGUGGAUUUGGUUCAGUUUACAAGGGUGUUCUAUUAGAUGGUAGAGAGGUUGCCGUCAAAAAGCUGUUGUUCAACAACAUAAAACGAGCACAAGAUUUCUAUAACGAAGUCAACAUUAUUAGCAGUGUUGAGCACAAAAAUCUUGUCAAGUUGUUGGGGUGCAGCUUUUCUGGUCCUGAAAGCCUUCUUGUAUAUGAGUUGCUUCCAAAUAAGAGUCUUGAUCAAUUCAUUUUUGAUCCUGAAAAGGGUAAAAUACUAAACUGGAAUAAGAGAUUCAACAUCAUCACUGGAAUUGCUGAAGGCUUGAUCUACCUCCACGAAAACUCAAGGAAACGCAUUAUUCAUAGGGAUAUAAAAGCCAGCAAUAUCCUGUUAGACUCGAGGCUCCAUGCCAAGAUAGCUGAUUUCGGAUUAGCUAGAUCUUUUCAAGCAGACAAGAGCCAUAUAAGCACUGCUAUUGCCGGAACAUUGGGGUAUAUGGCUCCAGAGUAUGUGGCUCGUGGACAGCUGACAGAGAAGGCAGAUGUUUACAGCUUCGGAGUUCUAUUGCUGGAAAUUGUGGCCGGAAGACAGAAUAACAAGUGCACAGCUCCUGAAUACUCUGGCAACUUAGUUAACAUAGUUUGGGUGCAUUUCCAGCAAGGGUCAGUGGAGGAACUGUUUGAUCCAAAUUUGAUGCUGCAUAACUGUGGGAAUAGCGUUAGAAGUGAGGCGUCGAGGGUGGUUCAUGUAGGGCUCUUAUGUACCCAAGAAAUUCCAUCACGGAGGCCAUAUAUGUCCAAGGCAUUAGAGAUGUUGAUGAAAAAGGAUGAACAUUUACCUACACCCACUAAACCGGCCUUCACAUAUGAGAAAUCUAUAGAACUUUGUGAGGCUACUGGGCUUAGAGGAGGUGAUGGUGCUACAAAUGCUACCAUUUCCCAGAGCUCUUUCUACCCCAGAUGACGUUUUACUGCCAUGAAAUUGACUAAUCUGCUAUUAC